AUGUCGACCCUGCAUCACGCCUCGGGACUCCCUUGGUGCGCGACGCUGGCGGUGAGCGCACUGUGUGCGCGUCUGGUCACGGCGCCGGUGGCGGCGAGGACGACCAAGGCGAGCGCCACGGUGAGCGCCGCGAGCGCCCUGGCCAAGGCGACUAAACAAGGAGACGCCGAGCGCGUGUCUAUAAAGGACGUUUUAGAGGCGAUGAAGGAGCUUCGCGAGCGAUCGGGAGUGGGUGCGCAUCCCGCGUGGCUCGUCGCUGGACCGUUGGCGCAGAUUCCGUUGUUCGCGUGCGCAAUGAUGGCAGUGCGGCGACUCGCGUCGGAAGGCGGUUCCAACGGGUUAAUAAGUGGCGGAGUUUUCUGGUUUAGCGAUUUAACGCUCCCAGCGAUGGACAUCGCGACGAUGUCGGCACCGAUGGGACCGUACGGAGCGGUUCUGCCGAUAGUCACAGCUGGUGCGCUGUUUGCGAAUGUGAAUGCGAAUUUUGCGGCCGCGGCGCAGCAGUCGCGCGGGAUGACGAUCGUGAAGCUCUGUUUAGAGUGGAUGACGCUACCCAUGCUACUAAUCGGCUUGCAGCUUCCGCAGGCCGUCCACUGUUACUGGAUCACAUCGAGCGCGUAUGCGUAUGCGCAAAACCGUGCCUUGUCCACGGCGUACGCGCGCGAGGCUCUCGGUUUGAACGAGUUAGCGAAGACGACGCGCGAGAUCGUGCGGGAGAAGGGAUUACAUUCGGAUGAGCGGUUAGAGAUUCCGCCGGUGGUUUUGGAGCUCAUAAAGGCAGCCGCAAAGGCUCGCGCAGAGAAUAACAACCCGCUCGCCAUCAAUCUGCUCCUCCGCGCCUCUCGAGGAGGAUCGGACGACGCGAACGCGCAUGGGCGAUCGACGGAGCCGGUGCGUGGUGAUGAAUUAGGUAAAGCGCAUCCGACUGUCCUGUUUGCGCUAGGUCAAACGUACGCUGUGCUGAAAGACUGGAAGAAGUCAGCAAUAACGUACGAGUACUCCGCGCGGAACGAACCGGACGCUCUGCGCCGCGCGAGAGCGCUUCUCGGCGCUGGAGUGGCUCGAGCGCGCCUUGGUGACCUCGGCAUGGCAAGCGAGGCGCUUGGAGAAGCAAACCGAUUGAAUCCUUCGGAUGCGAGCGUCAAAAUCGCGCUCGCGAGCGCGCUCAAGUUGAAUGGUGAUCCAGAGGGAGCCUUGCAGAUUUUACGUGAAGCCGCGACGAUACAGCCAGACAUUGACGAGCGGUACGUCAAGCCGCUCGAGCGUGAACUAGCGAGUAGAACAACCGCAUAG